AUUUCUAUGUAUUAUUAUUUAAAAUUAGAACUUUCUGACAAAAAAAUUACGAUGUAUUAACCAAUAUAUUAACUUAAAUUUUGGAUGCAAUGUGCGUGAUCUAUUUGUAUUUCUGACAGCUGCUCUCUAUAUAUUGCUGAGCUUAGACCUGUGUUAAACAUUUAAUUUAUAUACAUGUUUAAUUUAUAUACAAAUGUAUGAUUAACUUGAAGAUAUUAAUGAUAAUCCUGGAAGUUUUUAUGGAUUAUUGGAAGGUGGAUCGAAAGUGUACCUUAAUAAAUAAUUAGUAUUCUUAGCAGAUUGAGCUAAAUCAAAUUGAAUGAAAAACAAAUCAUAAAGUACUAAAAUAAAAAAAUGUGAUUAAUUAAUUACCAAAAUUUUUGAAUAACUCAUAUAAAUACAAUUGAUUUUUCUUACGUGAUGACAUUGUUUCCAAAGUAAACAAAAUUUCAACGGCUGAACGUAAAAGUUCUGAAUAUAUAUAAGAUUCGAAGUUAGAAUAGUAAAGACAUAGUAGUACCGUUAGGUAAAUAAUACAAGCGAGAAGUCAACAGUUAAAAGUUUGUUACAAUGCCAGCUUCGGUAAAACAUAAAUUCGGAAAUCAAAAUAGCAAAAUACGUCACAAAUGCGAUUAUUGCGUUGUGGACGGCCUUUUGACACAAAACAACAUUUGAGUGUUCAUAUUACAAAUGUCCAUGAAAAAAUUAAAAAUUACACCUGCAAUUCGUGUGAAAAAACUUUUAGAUACGAGAAAAGCUUCAGUAAGCACACUGUCACAGUUCAUGAAAAAAUCAAAGAUCGAAAGUGCGAAGAGUGUGGCAAAUCUUUUGGAGGGAAAAGUGAUCUGAUGAAGCAUAUAGAUAUAGUUCAUUUGAAGCUCAAAGCACACAUGUGCGAGGAAUGUGGCAAGUCGUUUGGAGAAAAGAGUAAUCUGAUGAAGCACAUAGAUGUCAUUCAUUUGAAAUUUAAAGAACACAAGUGCGAAGAGUGUGGCAAAUCUUUUGGAGUGAAAAGUAAUCUGAUGAGGCACAUAGAUACAGUUCAUUUGAAACUCAAAGAACAUAAGUGUGAGGAAUGUGGAAAGUCUUUUGGUCAAAAAAGUCACUUGGAUAAUCACAUAUCUACAAUUCAUAAAAAAAGUCAAGGAUUAUAAAUGUGGAGAGUGUGACAGGUCUUUUGGAUUAAGAACCAAUCUGACGAGGCAAAUGUAGUUCAUCUGAAAUUAAAAUAACGCAUAUGCGAAGAUUAUGGGAAAGGUUAAAGGCAAAAUACUAAUUUGCAAAAACAUGUAAAAAUAGUUAAUUGAAAAAUUAAAAAAACCUUAUCCGAAGAAUUUCACAUGUUCUUGGGCUCUAGUGCAGGGUGAUGAAAGAUUAUACCCGAUUGAAGAGAGGUAGAUACAUCGAAGGACAACCGUAUGAAAAUUGAUAUACAACUUAGUCACGACUCAUUUGUCGAGCACAUAAUAUAAUUUUAGAAAAAUAACGAGAAGAUUUAUGUUAAUGAUUAAUUUGUUUUCAUGCUAAAUAUUGUAACUUUAUUUCGUUUUUUUAAAACUCUUAAAACCUCAAAAAACCGACUUAAAUAACACUGAAUUUU